UGGCGGACCCGGGGCAGGCACUGCCGGGGCGGACGACCUCGGCAGGCUCCAGACUGAGCGACCCAGGUCACGGAGCCAGGCACGGGCGAGCCCCUGGGACCGUGUGUGCCCGAGAGGCGGCGGCGCAGCGCUGGCGCAUCCCCUGGCUCCCCGGCGCAGCUGACCGACGGCCGGCGCCCCGUGCGCCAGGCUCGCUGCACCGGGUUCUGGGAGCAACAGGCACGAUGGUGGCGCGCGGGGGUCUCCUGCUGCGCGCCCUGCCGCUGCUGCUGUGGGGUGGCCUGGACGCCCAGCGGGCCGAGCACGUCAGCCAGGAGCUGCGCAAGGAGGCGGAGGUGUUCCUGGAGAAGUAUGGGUACCUCAGUGACCAGGUCUCCAAAGCUCCCACCUCCACGCAAUUCAGCAAUGCCAUCAGAGAGUUCCAGUGGGUGUCUCAGCUGCCCAUCAGUGGUGUACUAGACCGUGCCACCCUGCAGCAGAUGACACGACCCCGCUGUGGGGUCGCAGACACCAACAGCCAUGCAACCUGGACGGAGCGGGUCAGUGCUUUGUUUGCUGGACGCCGGGCCAAGAGGAGGCGCAAGAAACGCUUCACAAAGCAAGGCAACAAGUGGUACAAACAGCACCUCUCCUACCGCCUGGUGAACUGGCCUGAGCGCCUGCCCGAGCAGGCAGUCCGGGGUGCUGUGCGUGCUGCCUUCCAGCUGUGGAGCAAUGUUUCAGCCCUGGAGUUCUGGGAGGCCCCAGCCACAGCCCCUGCAGACAUCCGCCUCACUUUCUUCCAAGGAGACCACAAUGAUGGACUGAGCAAUGCCUUCGACGGUCCAGGGGGCGCCUUAGCGCAUGCCUUUCUGCCCCGCCGGGGUGAGGCACACUUCGACUUAGAUGAGCGCUGGUCCCUCAGCCGCCGCCGUGGACGCAACCUCUUCGUCGUCUUGGCUCACGAGAUCGGCCACACACUGGGCCUCGAGCACUCGCCUGCACCCCGCGCACUCAUGGCGCCCUACUACAAGAGGCUGGGGCGCGACGCCCUGCUCAGCUGGGACGACGUGCUGGCCGUGCAGAAUCUGUAUGGAAAGCCCCUGGGAGGCUCCGUGGGUACCCAGCUCCCAGGAAAGCUGUUCACUGACUUUGAGGCCUGGAGCCCCCACAACUCCCAAGGCAGACGCCCUGAAACCCCGGGUCCUAAAUACUGCCACUCUUCGUUCGAUGCCAUCACUGUAGAUGGACAACAGCGACUGUAUGUAUUUAAAGGGAGCCACUUCUGGGAGGUGGCCCCUGAUGGUAACGUCUCAGAGCCCCACCUGCUGCAGGAAAGGUGGCCAGGACUGCCCCCCAACAUUGAGGCUGCUGCAGUAACACUGGAUGAUGGAGACUUCUACUUCUUCAAAGGAAGUCGAUGCUGGAGGUUUCGGGGUGCCAAGUCAGUGUGGGGUUCCUCCCAGCUGUGCCGGGCAGGGCGUCUGCCCCGGCACCCAGAUGCAGCCCUUUUCUUCCCUCCUCUACACCGCCUGAUUCUCUUCAAGGGUGCCCGGUACUAUGUGCUGGCCCCUGGAGGGCUGCAAGUGGAGCCCUACUACCCUCGCCUCCUGCGGGAUUGGGACAGUGUUCUUGAGGAGGUCAGUGGUGCCCUGCCAAGACCUGAUGGCUCCAUCAUCUUCUUUAGAGAUGACCACUACUGGCAACUUGACCAAGCCAAACUGCAAGUGACCACCUCAGGUCGCUGGGCCACCGAGCUGCCCUGGAUGGGCUGCUGGCUAGCCAACUCAGGAGGGGCCCUGUUCUGAAGACCCCCAUUGGUACCCUUGGGCCAAUUCACUUCUCCUGCCCCAGGGGCAGAACCUGUCUGAGAGCCUCUAAACCUCACUGCAGAAGAGCAGGCAGCAAAGUUGCCACCAGGAAGCUUGUGAGCAUUUGCACCUGUUUCCCAGAGAAGGCGGCAUUGUCUUUGUGCUGUUCCCACUACAGGGACACAGUUGUGGAUCAAUCCAAGGAAAAGCAACAAAGGGUCCCAAACCCUUGGCCCUUUCCCCCAGCGACUUCUUUCUUUCCCAUGCGUUGGAGAUUUUGUUUCUUCUGCUAAAUAUGCAGUUCUAUUGGUGUGUUGAUGGUGUCGGGUCCAACUAGAGAGAAUGCAAAGCUUAAUAGGAAGCUUGGAGGCUGUUU